GUGAAACACCACUGGACUGAGUAAUCAGUUAUCUUAAUAUUGUCAAAGUAUGCAGAAUUUAUUAAGCAUCGAACUCCACGAAAAAGCUCACUGUAAAUACCAUUAAUUUAAUUUUCCUCGCCCAAUGUGCGCUAGCGCAAUCCUGCAUAGGAACACACACACGCACGGUUAUGUCCAAUACCGGCUUUCCAUGGAAGUAUUGUACAGUCCGAGCGAAGAGCGUCUCCUCGUCAAGUCGGAUUUAACACGGUGGAAACCUUACAAUUUCAUUCAGUGUCUGGCAGCGCGGGAAACUAUCUACAGCUGGUCGUCUGCUCAUUACUACAAGGUGUGCUUUGAUUGGGGAUAAAAGAUCAAUCUGUCAUAUGGUUUUCAUGCUUCGACUACAAAAUUCUUCACUGGAAUUUUUUUUUGGAAAUCUUACGAAUAGAUAUCAAUUCUAAAUACUCAUUUUUAUAUUGCAUAAAUAUUUUCCAAUUCAGUAUAUCGCGAAACGAAACUUUUUUCUUUCUUUUUUUAAAGAGCUUUAGAAUAACUUAACUAAAAAAUAUCUCAGUGACUUUGUAUUUUUGGACCAAGUGAGGAAAUCUUUUCUGUUAUUUCAUUCCUUACGAGCUUAUGAAGAGAUAUAUAUUCAAACCUCCAGCUAAUUAUUAGGAAUAUACAAGUGAACUCAUUGGUGAAACCAUUUUUUUCCCUUAGAUUGGAAUAUACAAUGUGAACUAAAUAAUUAAUAAUUAACCUUUAUUUUUGAAAAGUGAACAAACACAUAGAACGUAUAUUAUCAAACAAAACUCUACGAAAAGAGUAAGUGAAAAUAAAACAAUUGGAGUGGCAAUGUUUGAACGUAUUCGGACGGCGUAGCCCAAUCAUGCCACGUCGGAAAAGAGAAAGGAUCCGCCGCUGGAUUUACAAUGUUGAUGCAGUGGUACCUGGUAUUUUCUUUUAUGCAGCUUUAACAAGUGCCUUAAGCGAUGGGGUUUUUUCGGAACCUUCAUUCUACAACGAACCUAACAACGUUACAUUUAAUGUUGGAGAAACUGCAACACUUCCAUGUCACGUGGUCAAUUUGCAAACCAGAUAUCUGUACUGGAUGAGGAUGUCCGAACCUAACCCUAUUACUGUUGGGACUUUUGUAUACAGUCCGGACACACGGUUCUCUGUCAGUAAAGACCCUACCUCCACACAAUGGGAUCUCAAAAUCCGGAAUGUUAAACUAGAAGACGCAGGUGUUUAUUUUUGUGCUGUUAGUUCCGGAGAGAGCAGAGAGAAGUACAGGAGACUGAUCAAACUUAUUGUAAAAGAAGUCACGACAAUUCCGCCAGGCAUAAUUUUGAAUGGAUCAGAAUUUGUCAAUAAAGGUGAUCCACUGGUAUUGGAAUGUCAGGCUACUGGAUUUAAUCAGGUGUCCGACUACUUAGAAUGGUAUAAAGACGGAAAAAUAAUAGACAAUAGCUACAUAUGGAAACAUCAUCGUCUUCGAGGACGAGCAAUGAACAUUACGGAUUUUCAUUUCAUAGAAACAAAGAUACUUAAACGUGUUUUAUACAUAGCCCGAGCUACAAUGGAAGACUCGGGCACUUAUAUGUGUCGGAUCUCAGAUGAUAUAGCAAAAAAGACUGUCCAUGUAUUAGACGAAGGAUCAUCAAGUAUUGAUAAAAGAGGAGAUCAUGACGCUGAAUAUAUUCAAGAGACGUAUAACUCUGGGAAUAGCAUAGAAAUCCUUGGGGCUGUUCGAAUAAUGGUCUUCAUAGUGGAGGCGAUCGCCAUUGUAAUAUUUUGUCAUCUGCAAGUGACAUGACGAAAAUUAAGAUACCUCUUGGCAAACAACUUUGGUCCAAGGUGGAGAAUAACCCGGACCUUUGAAGAGAGGACGUUUUCUGCAGUUUGGACCGAACCAAAAAAGGAAAAGAUUUGUUUUCUAGAAACGAUUCCUUACGACACCUCAACAAGGUAUCUGCUAGAGAGUUCAUUGUGCCAUGUUACAUUUUCUUCGUCAUUCCCUCGGGAAACAGAUGAUUAUGGAGUGAAAAGGAAUCAGAUGAAAUGACAACAGGAAAAUUUCUUUGUAUGGAAAAAUUACGAUACUAAGUUUUGCUAAAGCAUUGACACACAGAUGGAAAAUGUCCAAAUGAUAGUCUUUCAGAAAUAACUUCACUGCUUUGUGUGAGAUAAUUUCAUGUUUACACGAAACUUAGCUGCAUAAAAAUAUUUUUAUGAUUGCCUCCAUUUUUCUGAGAAUAAUUAUAAUUUUUGAUUUCGUGAUUACUUUUUUGUACUUCUCAUUAAAAUAGCAAGUUACGUUUUUUUUUUAAUCUCAUUGCUUUGUGUUUAUUCAUGUCUGUCAUAUCAUGAGCUACUGUUAUUCAUCAAAUAAAGUUCCUACAUUA